UGGUAGGCAAAAAUGGGAAAAUAAUUUGAGGCCAGGAGUAUGACAGCAGCCUGGGCAAAAUAGUGAGACACUGUCUUUACAAAAACUUUAAGUGACAGAGAGGCAACUUGGUGGGCAUUUUUUUUUUUUUUUUUUUUUUUGAGACGGAGUCACUCUGUCGCCUAGGCUGGAGUGCAAUGGUGCAAUCUCGGCUCACUGCAACCUCCGCCUCCCGAGUUCAAGUGAUUCUCCUGCCUCAGCCUCCUGAGUAGCUUGGAUUACAAGACUUGAGGAUCUAUCACCACCACGCUUGGCUAGUUUUUGUAUUUUUAGUAGAGACGGGAUUUCACCAUGUUGGUCAGGCUGGUCUCGAACUCCUGACCUUGAGAUCCACCUGCCUCGGCCUCCCAAAGUGCUGGGAUUACAGGCGUGAGCCACCGCACCCAGCCUUGGCAGGCAUCUUUCUCCACAGCUACUCAGGAGGCCAAGGUGUGAGGACCCCUGCAGCACAGGAGUUUGAGGCUUCAGUGAGCUAUGGGUGCACCACUACACAUCAGCCUGGGUGACAGAGUGAGACCAUGUCUCAAAAAGGAAGAAAAAUCAUCCACUUGUAGGUUAUCUCUAAUUACUUCCCUGACCCACACUCUUCAUUUGUCCAAGUGCUGCAGCUGUGCUGUCAACAAUUUUUACAGCUUCUGGGAAAGAUGCCCACAGCCCUUGAUGAUAGUGAUGCUUGUGCAUCCCACACACAGGGGUUUCCAGUUCUUUUGUUAUUUCUCUCUCUCUUUCAACAAGUGUUGCUUCUUACUGGAUUGAAUUUCUCCACUGAUAGAUCCUCAAGUCUUGUUUUCACAGAUAUUAAUUUCUCUAUCACUAAGAUCACCCAUUAGUAAGAAUUACUAAUAAAGACAAAAAAAUAAAAAGUAAAGAAAGUACAGAAAAAAAGAAUUUUAAAUAAUCCUUCUUGUACCUGGGAAACUAAGUUAGGCAGAGUUCAAGUAUGGAUCUAAGGUGGCACUGCCAGUAAGAGGCAGAAUCAGGACUGGAGUCCGGGCAGCCUGGCUCCUGAAUCCUAGCUCCUAACUAUGAGACCCUCAUGUCUUUAGUAAUAUGGAGUUCUGACUGUGAUAGGGUGAAAGAGGGAAGUCCUCACAGUUUGCCUGUUGAUCUCUAAUUUUCUACAUCAUGGGAAUCUGUCACAAAAGAGGAGGCCACACCUGGCCCAGCCCCUUUCACCCACUCUCAAUCCCCUAGCAGAUGCCACACAGAAGGCCUGUGUCCUUGUCCAUUGGUUCUUGCAUGACAAUCAGAGGGACACCAAUCCUCCCUUUCAUCAAUGACCCAGAGCUGCGGGUGGAAUUCUACACUGGGAUGAAUGAGAACUCAGACAUCGCCUUCCAUUUCUUAGUGCACUUUGGCCAUUGUUUGGUCAUUGACAGCCACGUGUGUGGGGCCUGGAAGUGUGAGGGGAGAUGCCGCAAUGUGUUCUUCAAGGACGGCAGACAAUUUGAUCUAAGCAUCUUGGUGCUAGACAAUGAAUACCAGAGCACCCUCUGCUUGCACUGCUAUCCUCAGCUCUUUUCCAAAAUCUGACCGUGAUCAGUAUUAGCUCAUCUGGCAUUUCCCCCAAGGUAAUAAUAAAUGGCCAACACCAUACAUCUUUGCCCAUCCACUUCCACCGUGUUCUGUGAAGAUUGUGCAAGUGUGGGAAGAUAUCUUCCUGACCUUAAUGUCUGUCUGCAAUUGAGGGAGAUGACCACACACCUCAUUGUUGAGGAAUCCCUCUUUCCAUGUGACCAUAGGAUCCCCAGAGCCUGCUAAGAGCAUGAUCUAUCCUCACCCUUUUCCCUGCACUUGGUCAUUAAAACAUCACCAAACUUC